UUUUUUACCCUUUACUUCUCAAUACAACAAUAUGGAAGACAAAAAACCAAAAAGACCUUCUAGUAUUCUCAGUCAAAGGGAUAAAGAAUUGGAAAGACUGAAAAGUUUAGCUGUUGUCUCUGUGCUUAAUAAAAGUUUCCAACAGGAUUCAUACAAGGUUAGUAAUACGGCCUAUGCGACAAGUUUGACUCCACCUUCCACAAUAAGACUCAGUAGCAAGAAGGAACACCACCAAAAUUAUGAUCUAAAACAAAUGUCAGGGUCUCAAUCCUUGUCAAUCACUACUAGCACAGAUAUGUGUUACCCCUCAACAACAACCAGUAGCAACAACAGCCUAUCUAGCCCUACUGUCAAUUCUCAGAUUACCACCACAGCCACGAGCAAAAUGGAGUACGAUAUAGAUAACGAUAAUAAAGAUGAUACGAUAGACAUGAUCGUCUCCCUUUCGCCAAUAAAUGCUGAAAAGGAACUUCCACUUAAAAAACGUGUUCAGGAGUUAGAAACUUUAUUUGACACAACUUCCAAAAAGUUAAUUGAUCUACAACACCAAAACGAAACGCAGUCCGACGUUAUUCUUAAGCAAGAUAUGUUAAUAAGAGUAUUAACGGAGCAACUUGAAUCGACAGUAACUGCUUCUACAGCAACCAUCCACAAUGAGAUAGAAGACAAAGUGUCUGCAGAGCCAGUUUCUGCUGUUGAACAUGUUGUGGAGCUCUCAUUCAUAAGACAAGAACUGGAAGAACUAAAGGCUACAAAAUCAGAUUACCAAUCAACCAUUGCUCAUUUAUUGAUAGAGAUUGCUGCUAAAGAAAUCAAGAUAAACGAAUUGGCAAGCGUGGCCCGAGAAAUACAAAAGGAGAAUACAGCACAAUCACUUUAUAUUGAUAACAAAGUUCAGUCGCUUUUGGAUAAAGUACUGACAAAAGAUGAACUGGUCUAUGAAGCACAGCUAAAACAACGGCAAAUGCAAUUGCAAAUACAGCAGUUACUGCAACAGCAGCAACAACAACAACAACAACAACAGCAGCAGCAGCAGCAUACAGAACUGUUAAUGAAAAAUUCCAGUGUUAAAAGUAUGAAUAACUCUGUAUAUAAAGAUAUGAUAGGUGUAGACCAUCAUCAUUAUAACGGUCCAAAUACAAAAACCACGAAUUCUGCCCGCUCCUCUUAUACAACGACUACCUCAUUAGAUCAGAGAUCAAUCAAUACUUUCCGAUUAAAUGGCGCUAUUUUACCACCAGCAUCACCUCCACCCUCGAUACCCCUUCCACCCGUACCUACUUCAUCCAAUACUUCUUCUGCAAUAUCAGUACAUCAACAAAAGACUCUCAUUCCUGACGCUGCCAUGGCGAAUACUACAAGUGAAAUAACAACGAAUGCGCUCAAUAACAAUACAGCUAUUGAUAAAGCUUCGUCUGUAGAUACGAAACAGUCCGAUUUUGAAGCUGAAUUCGCAGAAGUAACCUAUUAUAAAGAGUUUACCGAGCAGUUACAUGCGCGACUUUCCAUCUCUAAGGAAAUUGAUGACUUAUCUGUUUGGAAGCCGGAUGACUAUGAUCUAAUCCAAAAAAAGAUAGAAUCGAGCGAGUGGUUUGAUAAGGAUGACACUCAAGAAUAUCAACAGCAGCAACAACAACAUACCUUCUGGAAAGGAAUGAAAAAGAAGCUACGUGUGUAGUCACAUUUACUACUGAUGAAGCUCAUUUCUAAUGAAUAUUUAAUAAAGCAUAGAAACCUGUCCUGUAUAAAUAAACUGUCAGUAACAUUACAC